AUGUUCAAUCCGUGGAAGCGCAAAGUGAAACGGGAGAACAAGGCAGCUCAGAUAUUAGCUUCUGUGGAAUCAAAUCCACAAGGAGACAAUCUCCUCAAACAUAUAAUCAAGGAACACCUGCCUGCCAACAAUAAUAUUACCAAGAGGGAUGAUUUGGAUAUCAAAGAUUUUUCUACGAGUUCUAUUGUUAAAAUUGAAAACACUCUGUUCGAUGAUGCGGAUGAGAGUUUUGACAGCGAAUGUAUUGCUAACGGGAGUGAACUGAACGAGUCGGUUGAUUCCAUUACGUCACUAAUUAGUAAAGCUGAUUCUGUAAGCAGCAAAAACCAGAAUUAUCCAAAGCAAUUGAAUGAUAACCAUGUGGAUAAGCGAAGUACAGAUGAUGUUCAGACUUCAGACAAUGAUUUAGGUAAAAUGAAUGAGACUACUUCUGGCCAUGAUGGUGGCAAGGGGUUGGGUCAAAAUUCAGGCAGUCAAGCCACGAAAAAAGGUACCAUAAAAAGUGUAGUGAGAGAUAAUAAAUCUCACAGAAUUCAAAAAUGGACCAGAAGUUCUGAGGAUUCUUUCGAACAGGAACUGGCUCUCGCCAUCAAACAUAGUUUAAAAGAUUCACAGUCCAGUGAUCAAUUUGAAGAAAUCAUUAAGCAAGCUACUCCUGCUGCCGCAGAGAUGGAUUGUGAUGAAAAUAUGGAAUGCGGCGGCAAAUUACAGCUAACCUAUCGCACACAAUGUAUUGACAAUUAUUGCCACAUUUGUGAGGAAAUGUAUCUGGGACAUUCAUUAUUGGAACUGCCACAAAUUACAUAUAAGAAAUUGGCAAGUUUUGAUUGCGUAGACAGGAAGCAAGUUGUUAUGUCGUGGAAUCGUAUUUGGACCGGAUAUAAAUUAUUGUGCAGCCAAUAUCGCAAAAAUCAAGUCAUUGACCUUUGGGGACCAAAGGAAGUGGUUCUUUUUGAGCUAGCAAUUUUUCGGCUGGGAAAGGAAUUCUACAAGUUACACCAACUAAUACCUACCAAAUCUGUUGGUGAGAUUGUCGACUUUUACUACAUCUGGAAGAAGACCCGAAGGUAUCACCUUUGGAAACAAGUACGACACUUAACAUUCGAGGCACUAGAAACGGAAGAUAUUUGUAAAGAUUUAUUCCAAAAAACUUGUUCCAGCACUAGCUUGACAAGCAUUGAAUCUAGUGAUAAGGGAAACAUGCCCAACAGUAUGGGUUCUUGUAUAGCCAGUGCAGUCUGUAAGAGACCUAGGGUGGAUGUUAAGUAUAAGCCCAAAAAAUAA